UGGAUUGAGCCUUGAUUCGUUCCAAAAUUAUGGCCACAUGGUCCACUCCCCCACCAUCAUGGAGGGAAUUAUGGGAUAGAUUUGUUGCCCACUUGGAUAAAAAGUUAGAAUCUCUUCGCACAGUGAGAUGGAACACCCAGAGAGUAUCGAUGAGAUUUCCAGAGCUGCACAGUAUGUCCAUGAGGCUUGUGUCCGGUGGAACCUAUAAUGUCCGAGCCUCAGAAAUGUCCACCCAUCUGCAGGAUAGACAGCCCAAGAUGGUCACCUGUAUUGUCCAUUUCCUGGACGACAGCCAGCAAGACUUCGAAGUCGAUAAGAAAGCUAAGUCUCAGGUGUUGUUAGACAAGGUGUUUGGUCAUUUAGAGCUAGUAGAGAAGGAUUAUUUUGGGUUACAGUUUGUGGACCUCUCCCCCGCGCCGGAUGGAAUGGUCAGCCAUGCUCACCUCCCAGUUGGACCCUACGCAAUGGUAAGUGGUAAAGUACCACCAACUAAAGUGGUUAGUGGUAAAGGACCACCAACAAAAGUGAGAUUUUAUCCAUUGAAGACAAUAAAGAAGCAGUGUAGAGGUCCUCCAUAUGAGUUUUAUUUUAGAGUGAAAUUUUAUGUCUCUGAUCCUAGUAAACUAGAAGAGGAAUAUACAAGGUAUCACUUCUUCCUACAAGUGAAGAGAGACAUCUUAGAAGGUAGACUAGUCACGCCGCCCAGUACUUCUGCCCUACUGGCCAGUUUUGCCAUACAAUCUGAACUUGGGGACUAUAAUCCAGAUGAACACAAGGGGAAUUAUAUAUCCGACUACAGAUUUAUACCACACCAAACUGAAGAUUUCGAGAAACAAGUCUCUGAACUUCAUAAACAGCACAGGGGGCAGACUCCUGCUGAUGCUGAAUACCACUACCUGGACAAGGCCAAGCGGUUAGAAAUGUACGGGGUGGACCUCCAUAAUGCUAGGGUGUCCUUUGAUCACGAGAUCCCUGUUAGCUCCCCCUUCUAUGGCAUGUUUAUUGAUGAAAAAGAACAGGGACAGUGCAAUAUACUAGACCAGAAUAAUAUAGAUAUACAGCUAGGCGUCACGUCUGUGGGGCUUGUAGUCUUUCAAAACAAUGUCAAAAUUAAUACAUUCCCAUGGGCAAAGAUUGUAAAAAUAUCAUUUAAAAGGAAGCAGUUUUUCAUUCAACUUCGAAGAGAAGUGAAUGACUCGGUGGAGAAUCUGAUUGGGUUUAACAUGAUCAGCUACCGAUCCUGUAAGAAUCUCUGGAAAUCCUGCGUGGAACAUCACACCUUUUUCCGUCUGUACGUUCCCAACCCGCCCUCCAAGAAAAUCUUCUCGAUGGGCUCCAAGUUCCGUUACAGUGGUAGAACUGAAUUCCAAACUUUGGAAGAGAACAAGAGGCGGGCUAAAAUUGAACGGACUUUUUCCAGGUCACCUAGUAAAAAAUUUGCCCGGCGGACGGUCAGCGGCCACACACGGGACCAGAUUAUCCAAGAACGCAACUUCAUCGACGGUCAUCGCAACCUUCCCAAGUCUCACACGUUUGGGGGAACCCCUUCGACUAGUAGACCAAAGAGCAGUAACUGCGUCAAUCACUCCUUUAACCGCUAUGAGAGCGUCAGUAAUCAGAAACGAGCGACGCUGCCGCACGACUACAAGGUCGGCUCUCCCACACGGUCCUCCAUACAUUCGUCCAAGUCUGAUGAUGAUGGCGGCUUCAUUUCACACAAGAUCCCAGCGAACACUUAUCCUCAACCUGUCCCCAUUAAAGUCGUCGACGUCAACAUCCCCGACAAGGAUAACCAUACGGAUACCAACAGCGAACUUCCUGCGUACGAUGAGUACCUGCCUAACGGCAAUAGUCACUCUGAUGGACAUGGUCUGGUUACCAUCAGGAUGAGGCCAGACGACCAGGGAAGAUUUGGAUUCAAUGUCAAGGGAGGAGCUGACCAGGGCAUGCCCAUCAUUGUAUCCAGGGUGGCCCCAGGGACCCCAGCUGACCUGGCCAUCCCACGCCUGAACGAGGGAGACCAAGUGCUAUUUAUAAACGGACGUGAUGUGUCCCAGCAUACCCAUGAACAGGUUGUGAUGUUUAUCCGUGCUUCACGAGAAACUCAUUCAGGAGAACUAGUGCUCAUUGUUAGGCCCAAUGUUUAUGUUGGUGAGGAGGCACAAGAGGAACCAAAUUUGGAAUAUUUACCAGAGAACUACCAGAUCAUCGCACCAGGGGCGGGAACUGGAACCAACGCACUGGAGGCGUCCCUGAUGUUAUUACAGGAGAGUCUGGAUAGUGGGGCGGCACUGGCGCAGUUUGAGCAACUGUACAGGAAGAAACCUGGUAUGACAAUGAAUGCAGCUCGACUGGACGUCAACAUUGCCAAGAAUCGCUACAGGGAUAUCUCACCUUAUGACCAGACAAGGGUGAUACUGAAGGAACAGAAUGUAUCAGGAGGGGACUACAUUAACGCCAACUAUGUCAAUAUGGAAAUUCCUGGAAGUGGCAUCGUAAACCGAUAUAUCGCUGCCCAGGGGCCGCUACCUAAAACCUGUACGGAUUUCUGGCAAAUGGUGUGGGAACAGCACUCGUCUUUAGUUGUGAUGUUAACGACAAAAGUGGAGAAAGGUCGUGUGAAGUGUCACCAAUACUGGCCAGAAAUGUAUGAAACGAUGGACUAUGGGUUGUUACAAAUCACUUGUGUCAAGGAAGAAGAAACACCAUCAUUCGCAUUUAGGGAAUUUAAUUUAACACAUGUCGAGACAAAUGAAGAACGUCACAUAUCACACAUGCAGUAUAUAGCGUGGCCCGACCAUAACGUCCCGGACGACCCAGCCGAUUUCCUAGAAUUUGUCCUGCGAGUCCGUCAGCGGAGGAUGGGUAUGGUAGAGCCCACGGUAGUCCAUUGUAGUGCGGGUAUUGGAAGAACGGGAGUAUUAAUCACCAUGGAGACGGCGAUGUGUCUAAUCGAGGCAAACCAACCUGUAUACCCACUGUCAAUAGUACGCCAAAUGAGAGAUCAGCGAGCCAUGCUCAUACAGACAGCGACACAGUACAAAUUUGUAUGUGAAGCUAUUCUGAAGGUUUAUAAUGAAGAACUUGUAAAACCUUUAGAAGACUACCAGAGGUGAAAUUUGGAAAUGGAUGUUUCAUUCUAGAAACCCGAGUUAAAAAAAAACUUGAAAAAUCCACUACAACAAAGAAAAUGGAACAGUCCCUACUGCAGAGCCCAAGAGAUUUAUUGUCUGUUUAGAGAGAAAUCCAACCACCAGCCAGGGAUAAUCCAUUUUCAACUCUGUGUCGAGAACGAAAAAUCCAUUUUCAUCUUUAUAAAACCCUCGGAUAAAUAAGACCCUAAACAUAUAAGACCGACCCAAGAGCAAGUAAGGCUGGUCCUUCCAGGUGCUGUACAGAUAGGCGUCCGUUGCCCGUGGAUAAGUUAAAUCCGUGAAUUGUGAUGGUUUCCUUGUAGUGUGGAUUAUUUGUGGAACGUGGAUAUAACGCUGUUUGUGGAAAAAAAAAAUUUCCACCUGCCCUUUCAUAAGGAGAUAUGAAAAAGAUAGUGACUUUUUCCAACCUUUUUAAGGGAGAGAAUUGGAUUUAUUUUGAUUGCAUAUCUUGUGUAAAUGUUAAGUUAUUACAUUAUUUUUUUCGUCAUUGUUAAAUCCAUUGGUUUUUACCUAAAGCAUUUUAAAGUAUUUUUUUUCUUUGUUGUUGUAUGAGAGGAACAGUUAUAUUUCUGCAUUUUGAUUGGUUUGUUUAUCCUUCACAGUUUUAAAUGCUGGCAUUUCAUUGGUUAUUGUAAGUUCUCAAGCAUAUAUGGAUGCAUUUGAAAUUGUAUUUCUUAAAUUUAUGGAAUGGUUGAUUGGCUACGGUUUCAACUGUUGUACUGCUAUGGUUGUAUAAUUUCAUUGACUGAAAUUUUUUUUAAAGUUCUGACAAGAAAGUCACAUGUAAAUUCUUUCAGAUCAGUUUUUCCUUCACUAACAAUUGGCUCCAAUUUUUCCUCAGUACCCCUCUUCUAUUUUAAGGGUUAGCUCCAUAGUCCAAAAAUUAUUUUACAAUGCUAUAUGACAAUAUACAACAAUUUUAACAAAUCUAAUUUUCCCAAGACCUACCUCAGACAAAAGGAGUAGCUAUUAGUUAUAGAAUACUAGAUUUUCAAUGACAUUUACUUGUAAUUUUGGGUCAGAAAAAAAAUCACACCAAUGUGUUAAGGUUUUUUAAGAAAGUGUGAAAUUCGAUUCUAAAUUUCUGUUCUCUUUGACUGAAUUCUAUGACAAUCAUUUCCAUUUCAAUUUAAGAUGGUGAAUUUAUAAUAUAUUUAGUUGUCCUUCCAAAUUAUUUUAUAAAGUAUUUAUUCUGCUGGUUUGAAUUGUUACCAUAGUUACAAUAAAGAAACUGUUACUAUGGCAACAUUAACAGUGUUGUUUGAAAACAAAAAAAGUGUUUCCUUUCUCAUGUUUAUUUAUCAGUUUUAAAUUUUGUUUAUUUUACAUUCCAUGUGCUUUUGUGAUUUUAUUUUUUAAUUUAUUUUACUUUAUAUUGUAUUUUUAUGUUGUAAUCGUGCAGUAAAGAGAUAGCAGAAACAAACAUGUAAUAUAUACCAUAAUACAGUAUCAAAAAGAUGCAGUUAACAGAACAUAUAAAAGAAUUAUCUCCCUUUGUAUUCCUGAAUGUUUAUUUAAAGAAGGUUAAGAUUUAUUUUGUUUUAUACAUUAUUUGGUUGAAAUAUUCAAGGCAAGUCUUAAUCGGAAUAAGAAAUUUUAAGGUUAGUUAAACAAAGAGCUUCAUUAUUUUCACACAAUAAUUCAUAUUUGGAUUCAUUAAAGUUUUAAUUCACAUUUAAAGUCUGAUAUCAAGAUAUAAAAAGUUGUAAUUAAGAUUCAUUAAGGAAAUUAAUCAGAUGAAACAUUCAUAUCAGUCUUGAUCUUGUAAUUAGCCUGGAACAAAACAAUUUACAUUUUCAGAAAACUUAACAAGAAAUUCUCAAUUUUAAAUGUUAAUGCAUUUAUGCAUUGGAAAAAUGGAUCUUGAACAAUUCGAUAUACAAACAAAAUUACUUUUUCAGAGAACUUAAAAGACUCUCAAUUCUAAAUGUUAAUGCAUUUACACAUUUCAAAAAAAGAUCUUGAUAAUUUGAUACAGAAACGAAAUUGCUUUUUCAGAAAAUUUAAAAGGCAUUCUCAGUUCUGAAUUAUAAUGCAUUUAAAAUAUGGAUCUUGAACUUUUUGAUACACAAACAAAAUUGCUUUUCCAGAAAAUUUUAAAAACAUUAAAUUCAAAUAUUAAUGCAUUUAAAAAUAUGAAUCUUGAACCAUUUGAUACAUGUAUUCCAGAUGAAAAGAUGCAGCUAUUGUACUCUUAACCAUUGGAUCUGAUAUUACUCUGCUUACAAACAAAAAUGACUGCUGUGAAUGUGAAAUUUUUUUUUUUUUAAGAAAAGAAUAGAAUUCAUUCAGAGUGUCUGUAUGCAUGUUUUGUAUGUAUGUAUGUGUAUUUGAGAUGAUAGAUGGGAAAUGUGCUAACAUUAUUUCCCUCGGGUUUGCAUGAUGAAAUGCUAAUAUGUAAAUAAAUGUGUACUACCACUGUCCAGAGCCAAGUGUACUGCAUAGAAAGUUUUUUCUGGGCAAUACAUAAUAAAGAAAAUCUUUUUUCUAA